UCCUUAGUAAGCAUUUGAGUAAUUUGUAAGCUUUAAAUCCCAUUGAUAUUGCAAUAUAUAAGACAUUGAAUAUUCCUUCAAAUAGCAGUUUGUGCCUUUAAAUCAUACAAAAGAACAAUCAACUCUAUACCUCGCAAUGGUGUCUCAAAUCAUUCUCCAAACUCCUCCCACUGAAAAAAUGAAUUUGUCUUGGGGUCAGAGCAACUCGACUUUCAAAUUGAUGAGUUCUGAACUUCCAGCUGUCAAAGAUGGUGAGGUGAGAGUCAAGGUUUUAUAUUUCUCAAAUGACCCCACUCAAAGAUUAUGGAUUUCUGCCGGUCAAGACCCCAAGAGACAGUACAUGCCUCCAGUGGUUAAAGGUGAAGCCAUAAGAACUUUAGGUUUGGGUGAGGUGCUUGAGUCAAAGUCUGACAAAUAUGCAGCGGGGGAUGUUAUUACGGGUGUGUUUCACUGGGGUGACGAACUUAUUGUUCCUGAGGCUAGUGUUAGUGGCAAGGUUGACAAGUCUCUUCCUUACGAAUGGUACUUAUCUGCAAUUGGUCUCACUGGUUUAACCGCGUACUUUGGCUUGCAGAAGAUUGGUCAAUUCAAAGAAGGCCAGUCCGUGCUUGUUUCUGCUGCUUCUGGGGCUACAGGUUCUAUGGUGGUUCUGCUCGCGAAACACCUUUUCAAAGCAUCCAAGGUUGUUGGCAUUGCUGGCUCUGAUGAGAAAUGCAAAUGGGUUGAGUCUUUGGGAGCGGAUGUCUGUGUAAACUACAGGGACGCUGACUACAAGAGUAAGAUCGAUAAAUUUAUGGGAGAAGAAACUUUUGAUGUCUAUUAUGACAACGUUGGAGGAGAAAUGUUGGAUUAUGCGUUGACACGUACUAAAAGAUAUGGUCGCAUUAUUGCUUGUGGUGCUAUUUCUGGUUACAAUGACGCGUCAAAGAUGAGCGUCAAUUGUUGGGGUGAAAUCAUUAGCAACCGCUUGACAGUGCAGGGUUUUAUUGCAUUUGACUUCUUCUCUGACUUCCCCGAAGCUACCAAAGAUAUUGUUGCGGUUAUCAAGAGCGGGAAAGUGAAAGUAGACGAAGGAGUCCACAUUGAAGAUGUCUCCAAGUUCGAAAAUCCACUCGAGAAAAUUCCUGAGGUUUGGAACAAGUUGUUUACCGAGGAAAAGCCAAGGGGAAAGUUGUUGACUAAGUUGGCCUAGGUUUUCAAAUUUAUUAGGAAACUUCAAGUAAAAACCCUUUAAAUUGACUCUAUAGUUUUUAUGGUCUGUAAAUUUUUUAUAAGACGAGUUACUCAGCACCAUCCAAGAAGAGUAC